AUGCCCCAACCAACAACAACAACAAUAAUCCCCCACCCGCGCCACAAAUACACCGACGACGACCUCGAAGCCUACUUCAACCGCAUCCAACUCCCCCACCGCAAAAGAGUCCACUCCGUAACCCACCUCACCCCAGCGGAAAAACUCUCCUUCCUCAACCUCCUCCAAAAACACCACCUCGUCAAAUGCCCCUGGGAAAACAUCUCCCAGCACUACUCCUGGCACCACACGAUCCACCUCUCGCCCGCCCACCUCCUCACCAAAGUCGUCCGCAACGAAGGUCGCGGCGGCUACUGCAUGGAAAUCAACUACUUCUUCCACCUGAUCCUCUACGCGCUGGAUUUCGACGUCUACAUGUGCGGCAGCAGGAUCUUCCGGCGCGGGCCCGGCGUCUUCGGGGGCUGGACGCACGUCGUGAACCUCGUCACCAUCGACGGCGUCAAAUACCUCCUCGAUGGGGGUUAUGGAGCCGCGGGCCCGCACAACCCCAUGCCGCUCCACGACGGCCUCACGCAGCCCCAGAUCGCCCCUGCGGAAAUGCGUCUCAUCUACGCGCCCCUCCCCCAGAACCUGAACCAAAGCCACAACUUCUGGAUCUUCCAGCACCGCUUCGACGCGCACGGCGAAUGGACGCCGCACUACUGCUUCCCGGAUUUAGAAUUCACGCCCCAGGACCUCGUGGGCCUGAACCUCGAGCCGGGCACGAAUCGCCAUACCUUCUUCACGCACAAAGUCGUCGCGGUGCGCUUCACUACGUCUUUGGAAAUCAACGGAUCGCAGGGACCGGGCUCGCCCUCGGAAGCGAGUUUGGAAGGCGAGAUUGACGGGGCGAUAAUACUAAAUCACGACGUGGUCAAGUGGCGACGGAAGGGGGAGAAGGUGUUGGAGUGGUGGUUGAAGAGCGAGGAGGAGAGGGUGCAGGCUUUGGAGAUGUAUUUUGGGGUUUUGUUGGAUGCGGAGGAGAGGCAGGGGGUGAUGGGCACGGCGGCGAUGAUUGGGGCGAGGGAAAUGUUGAAUGAUGAUUGA